AUGAGCCAGGAUGCUUCUCCCGCCAGCGGGGCCGCGGCACCGUCCGACCUCCGCUACGUGCAGUACGACGGUUCGCGCGAGAACGAAUACCUCGGUGCAAUGCGCCAACUGAUCUCCAAAGACCUCUCCGAACCCUACAGCAUCUACGUCUACCGAUACUUUCUCUACCAAUGGGGCGAACUGUGUUUCAUGGCCAUGGACGACCAGAGACCCGAUGACCCCAUGGUCGGCGUCGUCGUUUCGAAACUCGAGCCGCACCGCGGCGGGCCUUUGAGGGGUUACAUCGCCAUGCUGGCCGUGAGCGAAGAGUAUCGGGGUCGGGGGAUAGCGACGCGGUUGGUGAGGAUGGCUAUCGAUGCGAUGAUUGCGGGGGAUGCGGAUGAGAUCGUGCUCGAAACCGAAAUCACAAAUACGGCCGCUAUCAAACUUUACGAGCGACUGGGAUUCUUGCGCAGUAAACGUCUACAUCGAUACUACUUGAACGGAAACUCUGCCUACCGGCUGGUUUUAUAUCUGAAAGAAGGCGUUGGAGCUAUUCGAACAUCUAUGGAUCCAUAUGGUGCUCCUAUCGCUGAACAUCGACCUUCGCUGCCCGAGGCACUUGCUGCUCCUCCACCGGCCGUGCUUCAUGGGAAUGGCGGAAUUUUAUAG